CUCAUCGCUCGCCUCAGGGAUGUUCCAGAGACUCACCAGGGUGCUGUUUGGAGACGCUGCAGGGGACAGCAGUCUGCUCGAGACAAAGUAUGAACUUGAUGAGAAGGAAGAAGAUGAUGAGUGGAUCCUUGUCGAUUACCAUGAUGCUGAUGGCACCUCUUACGGCAUCAGAGCAAGCAGGAAGCACUCACAGGAAAUCCCGUCCCCUGAUGAUCAGUCCCUUUACUCUUCCUGUUCUUCCCUGUACAUGCUGGAGGACCCUGAGGAUGGGAGUUGCUUAUGUGCCCUGAAUGAGGGUUGGAUUGUUACCCCACCUCCUUGCUUCACAGCUGGAGGCGAGGCCACGGUGCUCCUGGAGACAAACCCGCUGGAGAACCUGCUGAUCGAGCACCCUAGCAUGUCUGUGUACACCCUACAUAGCAGGCAUCACUCUCCGAGGAACGGUGUCUAUACCCACUUCCACCAGCCCAAUUGCAGGAGUGAGCCUCAGCAAAAGCAGAACCACUUCGCUGGAAGCAAUACUGCCAAGUUCCCAAAGAACUUAUUUGAACAAUCCAAGCGGCGCCUCCGACAAAGAGUCAAGGACAACCUUAAGAGGCAGCGGCUUUCCCACAAUGCCUUGCGUCGUCAUAAGUCUGCUCCAUGACGGUGAUGCUUGUCGGACCAAGGCCAGGGGGGUAAAAGGGCAUGAGCCAUUGCAGAGGCUGUCCAGGUGAAGUGCUGAAGCUCUCCAGCAAUCCUAAAACUCACCUAUGCACACAGCAAAAAACCUCCAGGUGACAUGGAAACCAAGAAGUCAACAAGCCAUUCACAGGGCCUGCUUUUGGUGAUGAUUCUGUGCCAGGGUAAUUUUGCCGUAAUUUAGAGAGGAACAACAGGGAUAUUAAGCUUUAUAAGCUAUGACAGGUAAUCACAUCUACACAAACUGCACACUCACUCAAUUUUGUCAAACACUUGUCUCAACAUCCCAGCAACUGGAAUCCCAAUGCAUGGUAACAAACACACUUAAAAAUGCAGAUAUGAAAUACAGGGAAAUGUAAUUCAGAAUCUUCAGGGAAUAUUAAAAGACUUGUAACAAUUAAUUACCCUGUGAAGGCCUAUUUCUCAGGGUCAUUGCAGAACUCCUGUAAAUUUUAUAAAUAUCCAGCAUGAACAAGUUAGAAUUUUGAUUAAACUCAUUCAAUUCCUGCAUUUGUUUUCGUGCAUUUACUUUGUAAGGUAAUGUAAUCUUCUUCAACUUAAUUUAUGUCUGUAACAGACUGGUGUACCAGACAUGGUUUAAUCUGUCACAGGCCUUAUGUUUCUGGAUAGGCUCCAGACAACCAUGACCUUGCACUGGACAAGCAGUUACCGAUGAUGAAUGAAUGAGUUAAUGAAUGUUAGUGUUUUAAGGUUCAAACACUGUUCUGCACUGCAUGGUUAAUAUGUCUUGUUACAUUUUCAUUAGAUGUGAACAUAUUUGUAGAAUAUUACAGAAUGGAAAUGAACUUUAAUAUUUUAAUUAUGUAUUACAUUUUGUUAAUAAUGUGUGACUGGAAUAUUAGAAAAGCAAAUUAAAUAUGUGUAUGUUAAAAUAUUUA